AUGACAAUGAGCAACAACGUUAACCAGUUCGGCGAUACGACGCUGACCAAGGUCUUCGUCGGAGGGUUGGCCUGGGAGACUCCCAAGGAGGCUCUGAGAGAGCACUUCGACAAGUACGGUGAGAUCUUGGAGGCCGUCAUCAUCUCCGAUAAGCUCACCGGCAGAUCCAAGGGCUACGGCUUCGUCACGUUCAAGGAGGCUGAAGCGGCUAAGAAGGCUUGCGAGGACGCCACGCCAGUCAUCAACGGCCGCCGUGCCAACUGCAACCUGGCCUCCCUCGGCGCCCGCCGCCCUAGGUCGGCUUCGACUACCACCCCUCCUCCUCAACGAGGAGCAAGGUCCAUGUCGCCGGCGCCGGCGCCGGCACCUGCAAAUCACGUGCAAUGGUACUACCCGGCAGGGACUCCAGCAGCUGCUUCUGUACCAUUUCAUCACCAGCAUCAUCAGGCUGUUCCAUUCUAUGGAUACUCCCCAACCUACAUUGCAACUGAUAUGGGCUACAAUCAUAAGCUGGGAUACAGCACUGGUGGGGGUUACAUGAACGGGCAUUACUCUCCUCAGGUGUACCAUAGCCACCAGCCUAUGGUUGGUCCAAACACAUUGAUGCCAAUGUACCCUCUCUACCAUUAUCACCAUCAAUCACAUACAAUGGGGUUACCUGCUCAAUUCUUCCCACCAACCACCGCAGGUCACGUCGCAACGGCGGUCCCGGCAAUCAUGUCGAAACCGGCCUCAAUUGCUCCAAAUAACACAGUGUGCUUGGCUGUGGAAUAGCAGGGAACAGUUGGCCGAGAUCAGGAGAGGAGCUUUAAAAAACAAGAGCUGGCUUAAGUCUAAGAGAUGAAGGCAUGCACUACUACACAGAGUACUCUAUUUUAAUCACAGUAAUUGGCAAUAACAAAGGGAACGUGGUGGCUGCACAGAGCAACAUUAUUAUCUCUGAUCUGUUCGGGCU